AAUUGCAGGUUUAUUUCCGCCAGCGUAGGUCACGUGAUCGGCCCCCUCCCAAGAUGGCGGACAAUCUGCCCUCGGAGUUUGAUGUGGUGGUGAUAGGAACCGGUUUGCCUGAAUCUAUCAUUGCAUCUGCAUGCUCAAGAAGUGGCCAAAGGGUUCUACAUGUUGACUCGAGAAAUUACUAUGGAGGAAACUGGGCCAGUUUUAGCUUUUCAGGAUUAUUGUCCUGGAUUAAGGAAAACCAGGAAAAAACUGAUGUCAGAGAGGACAGUGAAGACUGGAGAAAAUUGAUCCUUGAAACAGAAGAAGCUAUUUCUCUUAACAAGAAGGAUAACACCAUUCAGCAUGUAGAAGAUGUCUGCUAUGCUAGUCAGGAUUUAGCUGAAGAUGUUAAAGAAGCUGGUGCAUUACCAAAGCUGCCUGCCUUUGGAGUUUCUGAUACUAGUGAGGCUGCUCAGGAGUCUGAAAAAGAGUGCCUGCCUGUGGAAAGCCAGUCAUUAGGGACCGAGAGCUGUGAAACAUCUCCAGAAAGUGUUACGUGUAAUGAUCUGGAGAGUACGACAGAAAGGAAGGAUGCAGAAAUGACCUCUGAGAGAGAGCACCUCUGUGAUGCAACUUUUGACCAGUCUGCCUUGGAAACAGGAAAAACAGAAAAUGUAUCAACUGCAGAAGCUGCUGCCUUGGAACCAAAGAAAAUUACUUACGCGGAAAUUGUUAAAGAAGGCAGGCGAUUUAAUAUUGAUUUAGUUUCCAAGCUGCUCUAUUCCCGGGGACUGUUAAUUGACCUCCUAACUAAGUCUAAUGUUAGCCGAUACGCGGAGUUCAAAAAUGUCACCAGGAUUCUUGCAUUUCAAGAAGGAAGAGUGGAACAGGUACCUUGUUCCAGAGCAGAUGUCUUCAACAGCAAAAAGCUCACUAUGGUGGAAAAGAGAAUGCUAAUGAAAUUUUUGACAUUUUGUUUGGACUAUGAACAACAUCCCGAUGAAUACCAAGAUUACAAGGAAUGUACAUUUUCAGAAUAUUUGAAAACCCAGAAAUUAACAUCUAACUUGCAGUACUUUAUUCUGCAUUCUAUUGCAAUGGUGUCGGAGGCUGACAGUGACACCAUAGAUGGGCUCAAGGCAACAAAGCACUUUCUUCAGUGUCUUGGCCGUUACGGCAAUACACCCUUUUUGUUUCCUUUGUAUGGUCAAGGAGAGAUCCCACAAUGCUUCUGCAGAAUGUGUGCCGUAUUUGGUGGAAUCUAUUGUCUUCGCCAUUCAGUACAGUGCCUUGUAGUGGACAAAGAAUCUGGACGAUGUAAAGCACUCAUAGAUCAUUUUGGGCAAAGAAUAAGUGCUAACUAUUUUGUGGUGGAAGACAGUUACCUUUCAGAGAAAACAUGCACAAAUGUGUGUUACAGGCAGAUCUCUAGAGCAGUGCUCAUUACAGAUCAAUCUGUACUGAAGACAGAUUCAGACCAGCAGAUUUCCAUUUUGACAGUGCCACCAGUGGAACGAGGGCAGCCAGCAGUUCGAAUCAUUGAGUUGUGUUCUUCAACCAUGACGUGCAUGAAAAACACCUACUUGGUUCAUUUUACCUGCUCAUCAACUAAAACUGCUAAAGAAGAUUUAGAGCCUGUUGUACAGAAGCUGUUCUCCCUAAAUGCUGCAACAGAGAGAGAGUCCGAAAAUGGAGGAGGACUGGGAAAGCCCAGAGUCCUAUGGGCAGUAUACUUCAACAUGAGAGAUUCUUCAGGCAUUGACAGGAAUUCAUAUGACUGUUUACCCUCAAAUGUCUAUGUCUGUUCUGGGCCAGAUUGUGCAUUAGGAAAUGACUAUGCUGUCAAACAGGCUGAGACACUUUUUCAAGAAAUGUUUCCUAAGGAGGAAUUCUGUCCACCACCACCAAAUCCAGAAGAUAUUAUCUAUGAUGGAGAUGGGACUCAGCCAGAAGACCCUGGAUUCAGUAGUUCAUCCAAUACAAAAACAGAGCCCUCGCCCAAGGAAAACAGUGAUGGAGAUAGCUGUAAAGUUUCAGAAGAACAGCAUGAAGAAUAGAACGUACUGAGAUUGAACCCAGUAUCGCUGUCAUCUCAGUGGAAGAGUUUGACUUAGUCGGGGGGUUAGUACAAACAGUUGUAUUUAUUAUAUGUGAUCUUCUUACUUAGGUUGAAUAAUAUCUUACUUUUUAAGGAGCCUCAUUUGAUUUCGGUGGGACUGCUUAUAAUUGAGUAAUACUCAACCUGUCACAGGGAGGUUAUCAGAGCUGGAUCCAGAAUCAGAAAAUAAAACAUUUCAUUUUCAAAUCUGAUUUUAAUUUCCUUGAGAAGACUUUUUGUUUUUUAGUAAUGAUUCCUCCACCUUACAAACAGAGACACACUUCAAGAUUAUCAAUAGCAACAAAACUUGUGAGUUAGUUAAAUAUAAUUGACAAUGGGACAAAUCAUCUGCUGAUGUAAAUUGUAAUAGCUAUAUUGACUUCAAUUUACACCAGCUGACGAUCUGCCCCAAAAUCUUUCCCUCCUUUAAAUUGUAUAUAAGGAGGGAACAUUAGACACUAUUGACAGUUCUAGGGUGUUCAAGCAGAUAAACUUUUAUAUUUGCUGAUACAAGUCCUUCAUUUGAAGGCUGCUUUAAGAAUAGCUAAUAUCACAUUUACUUUGCUUAUGAAAAAUAUUCUAUACUAGUUUUUGAAAUUGGUGUCAUAGGUUCAUUAUUCAUAUUAAGCAGAAAUAAACUGUAUAUAAUAAAUACAUUGGUCUCAGUUGAAACCAAGUAUAUUAGUACUUAAAACAUUUAAAAAGAUUUAAUACAUUCCUUUUUUGAUUGAUGUCAAGAAUUUAACUAUAUUUGCCAGUGACAUGACUUUUACAGUCUAGUCAGGAAGAAAAUAUAAUUAUUUAAAAUUACUGCUGGACUUUCUUACAUAAUUAAGAACCACCAGAAAUACAGCAUGUUUUGAGUCUCUGUAAAUAUUUUGUUUAAACAAGAUUAAGGCCCCAAACUUGCAUGUACAUAAGGGUUUGCAGGACUAGAGUCUGUAAAAUUUAAAUAGUUAAAAUAGAAAAUUUUGGCCAUAGUUUUGGAGGGAAAAUGUUGGCCUGGUUCUAAUUACAAUUGUCUUCAUCCAAAAUGAGUCUAAAAGUAGUGAGAUAGCUGUAAAUUAUGCAUUUUGUAAUGAUAAAUCAUAAAGCAUAUUUAUACAAGAGAAUUUGUAAAUGUAUUUAUAAACUUGGUUUGUGUACAGAAUUACAAAACCAGAAAAAUCUUAAAAAGGUUACUGAUAGUAAAUAGGCUCUCACCUCUCUUCUAAAUAAUAUUUUGAAAUUCUGCACUCUAGCUAAAGAAAGAAAUAAGUACAUAUGGGCUUUUAAUUACAAAAAACUGAAAUUUGAGUGGUGGAAGUUUUACCAUAAAAUCUAAACAUUUUACCUGAAGUCAAAUAUAUACAGUAUAAUUCGCCAAUAUCUAUACAUAUAUAUGGUAAACAAAUUUUGAUGAUGGUCAGAAUUUAAAUUGCUACAUAAGCUUAGAUAUGAUUAUACCAUUAUACAGCAAAUUAUAGUACUUUUUUAAAUACUGUACAUCAUUACAAAUAAUGCCAUCAAAUAAUUGAUGUCCGGUAUUGACUGAAAAUAUUGACACGGCUAGGAUUUUCUACAGUUUUUCAGUAAAUGUGCCUGCCUUGGAGAUGGCUUUGUGCCAUAAAGGUCGAUUUAUUUAUUUUUUUACAACAUUGCCAACACAAUGUAGAACAUUAUUUUCUGUCUUGCAUCAUAAUACAAUAUCCAGAUUCCAUUUAUUAAACGUGUGUUAAUGUUUGCAUUCUGUCACAUUUGUUUUUACUAGAUAGACAUCAUGCUGUGUAAUCAUAAAGUCCUCAGAAAAAAUGUAGUUGAAAUCCAUUUUGAUUGCUAAAUAAUAGUGAUCCUUGGUAUGCUUGCAAUUAAGCAGCUAAUUACAGAUGGUAACAAGUAGCCUGCCUGCCUUUUCAUUCUCAGCUACCAUUGCUAUGUAUAUAUCAAAAAGCAUGAAUGUAGAUUAAUUAUAGUUAACAUCUACAAAUCUGUAAAGGAACUCAGACAAAAACCUGGUUUCUGUUUGCCUUUCAAUAACAGGAAUCAUGUUUGAGUUUUCAUCUUUUAUGUUUACAAGAAAAUAACAUUUGUUGUUUGAAAAUUAAAGGUUUGCUUGCAUGUGCAUUUCUUUCUGUAUUUUCUUUCAGUUGUGCAAGAAAAGCACUUUACUGCUAGCUUCUAAAGUUUUGCUGAACUGUUUAACGUCAGUUUGUCACAUUGCUAUUUGUGAUGUGAUUAAAGUAUACGUGCAUCCUAAGAAAUUUGCUUAAUAAAGAUAUUUCAUGCAUUCAUGUCAAUGUAAAGUAAAAGGUUUGUAUGUUACACAUUUUAGAUAAAACAAGGGGUGUGCAACUUACAAGUCAUAAGCUAUGAUUUUACACUACAUUGAUUGCCUAAAAACUCUUUUCAUGUCUUCUUCAUAUAGUGAAUGAAAUCUUAAGUGUUUUUUCCUGUGGUAGUUGAGCACCCAAUAGCUCACUUGGAAUAGGAAUAGACGAGACUGUUGAUGUUCUUCUAUUAUAUGGAAAUCAUGUAUUGAACUGUGGUUUGUUCUCAAAUUAAAUGAUUUAAGCCUACAAAGUGAGGGUUAGGCUUAUUUGAAGUAGUUUUUAAGUCUUGUCAGACAGAACAUAUUCAAAAGAUAACAUGACUUUUUAAGAA